AUGACAAACCUCGAAGACACCACCCACCAAGCCAUCAGCUCUUACUUCGUCGGCCCUGGAGCGGAGAAUCUCGACCACUUCAAGACGAAUAUCGACAAUAUCCUGACCGAAUUAAAGAACACCAGAGAAGCCUACUUUCCGAGGUCACCGAAAUUCAUCCCCGAAGACAUCCGCAACACCGACGAAUUCGUCCGCCUGACGAACAACUUCCGAAAUGCGAUCAAAAAGGCAGCUGAGCUGACGGGUAAGCAUUCCGUCCCGUUCUGGUCCCCAAGAUAUGAAGCCCAUAUUGCGCCCGAACCUACCAUGGUCUCUCUGCUGGGGUACUUUAUGACUAUGCUUUAUAAUCCGAAUAAUGUGACUACCGAGGCUAGUCCUUUCUCUACUGCUGCGGAGAUAUUGGUCGGCGAGCAGCUUUGUGAGUUUCUGGGGUAUAAUAUCAAUCAGAUUCAGGAUCUGCCCACUGGUUGGGGUCAUAUUACGUGUGAUGGAUCGGUUGCGAACUUGGAGUCUAUCUGGGCUGCUAGGAAUUUGAAGUUCUAUCCUCUCUCGCUGUACUUGGCUAUCCAGGAAGGAGAUCUGCAUUUUCUGGCAGACAUUUUCGAAGAACUACUAAAUCUCAAACCAAACACCAUCCUAGAUAUACCCCAAGUGUUAAAUGAUAAGUGGGGGGUUUCAUCUACAUUUAUUGAAAAUGCUUUGGACAAAUACAACAUUCAGUCAAUUGGAAAGACGGUUUUGGAACAGCGAUUCAACAUCCAAAAGCCUAUCCGCUACAUGCUGAGCAAUACCCGACAUUACUCGUGGCCUAAAGGCGGUGCAAUCAUUGGCAUCGGCUCGAAAAACAUCCUCGGCAUCAGAGUUGACAAUGAGGCGCGUGUCGAUCUAAGCGAUCUCGUUGUAGAGCUGGAACAGAGCCUAGAAAACCAGCAAGCUGUUUAUGCAGUAGUUGCCAUUAUGGGCUCGACCGAAGAAGGGGCCGUUGAUCGACUGAGCGAAAUCCUCAGGAUCCGUCGACGGUUCCAACGAAAAGGCUUAUCUUUUCUAAUUCAUGCCGAUGCUGCAUGGGGUGGAUAUUUUGCCAGUAUGUUGCCUCGCAAGAUCAUGAGCCAGAUGGCAAAGGCGGACCCGUUCGAAGGGGUCGAGACAACCGGGGAUGGGUUUGUACCGGAUCUUAGCUUGAAGGUGGACACACAAGAAGACUUGUUGGCGUUGAAGUGUGCCGAUUCGAUUACUAUUGAUCCACAUAAAGCUGGGUAUAUUCCAUACCCGGCUGGAAGUCUGGACGAGGCUCUUCGACAAAUAUCGGUCAAGCCUGGAGCAGCGGCCAUGUCAACUUGGCUUUCCAACCAGUGCAUUGGGCUCAACGAGAACGGAUACGGAGCCCUUCUGAAAGAGGUUUCCUUCACAAGCACUCGGCUCGCCGCUCACUGGGCAGCAAUGACCACUACCAGAGACUCCUUCGUCUGUGUUCCCCUCAACCGGCUCCCUGCAGAAAUAAAUGGUGGGGACGUGGAGGCACAGAAGAAGUUUAUUCGUGACGAGAUCCUGUCCAAGUCCAAUGCCGAAAUUGUGGCCAGCGAUGCCGAGAAGCACACCAUGACGCUGCUCCGAGCUAUAGGAUCAGAUUUGAACAUCAAUGCCUUUGCAAUUAAUUGGCGGUAUCCCGAUGGAACUAUCAACGAUGAUAUCGAAGAGGCAAAUUAUUUAAUGCUUCGUGUCCACGAGAGGUAUGGCACCUGCGCCGAGAACUUCAUGGAUCGGCUCGGCCUUGACGUUUGCACGCAAAAUCUUAUGGCGCUGAGCAACGCCGUCAUGAGCCCAUUUCCAACAGAGCAUAACUUUAUAGGAAAGUUGGUCAAGCAGUUUCAGAAGGUCGUGGAGGAAGAGGUCGAGAUCUGCCGACAACGAAACGCUUUUGGCCCCGCUGAACAUAGCUUUGUCAUGCAGGGUGCAGAUGGGGUGUUCCUGGUGUAUAAACCGUCCUUUCAAGAAGCGAAACACCGCCGUCAACUUAUCCUUCGUGCCCGUCUCGGAAAAGACGAUUUGAACAAGUACCUCAAAGUCAAAGGCUCCAGCGAGGCCGUCAUUCUCAGGACAUCAAACAAGACAUGUCUUCAGUCAUUACUGAACACGGUUAAGAGGAAUAUGCCAGCAAUAUUCGAGGGAAACCUAUUCAAUUCAGCGGGAAAGCCAACCGGUCAAAUUAAGGUGAAUAUUACCCAAAUUAUCAAGAACCGCUCACUGAGCUCCCGGAACCGCGACACGAAAUACCCGAACACAUUCAUACCGUUCUAUCUGUAUGGCACGGGGACGCAGCGUCACAUCUCACAUAUGCUGCUGAAGUCCCCCAACGUCGAGCUGUCUGCGGGCAACGUGAACCUCGACUUGGACGCCGAAAUCGACAACAGUGAGCUUUCAAGAGGUGCUAUCCUCUGUUUCACUAAUGUCUACGAAGCACCUAUGCAACCGUUCUCAGUUAGGAAGGGUGGACCGCCGCGCGGUUUCUUCUUUCGAUCCGGUCAGAAGUUCCAGGUCAAGGUGUGGCGUGAUUUGAAGAAGGCUGAGGAAUCGGGACCGCGCCUUCUUCCUGAUACUUUGAAGGACAUGGGCCCCGAGCUUGCGGCGGGGACAAUGGAAUUGCGGGAUGACGUUUAUGUAGACUUGGAGGGUGUGAAUAAGGAUCCUUUCGACAGGUCGUCUGAUGAUGGAGAGGAUGAUCAAUGGCGGGACUUGUUUCAGGAGAUAAAGGAUCAAUUGGUGUCUUAG